AUGGAUGUAAAGGAUGAUGUGGUUGCGAUGUACGAAGAUUACUUUCUAGACUUCAACAAACGUAAGUGUCAUAGCGACUUAUGUAUGAGUAAAUAGCUAUAAUAUAAGACAUGACAGAAUGCGUUGAGAAAGAGGGUCUUGUGGGUUUUGCAACAUCUACAUUAAGCUUUAAUUGUAGGUAUUCUACCUGAACAUAGAAUACUGUAAAAUAAAUUUUUUGUCUAUGUUAAUAUAAUUUUGGGUCAAAUAUCCUUGUCAAUCUACCAUUCCAAAAAAGUUUACAUUCCACAUACUAUUGUAAUAUUGUCAAUGAAAAUAAAUGCUUAAUGGCGCUGAUGACAUUAUAAUAGAUAUAACGGCGACAAAAGUUUGUUCUCGAUAGUAACGUUUUGUUUGUCUUGUUCAUGUUUACAUCCCAUUUGAUCUUAAUUUGACCCAAAUGACAAUUUUGAAUUAAUUUCGAUUCUUAAAAGGGCACCUUCCCUCAGGCAUUCUCGCACUCAAUUCCCCCAAAAGUGCAUUGGAGCGUGUUCUACAGGUAUUCAUGUUGUUCUUCGAAAUCUUCAAGUGUCAGUUGUUUGGUCAGAAAGUGCGUAGAAUUUGGGUCUCACAUUAAUUUUGCCAUUUUUGAAUUUUUAUAAUUUUUUUUAUUUAAAAGAUAUUAAUCUAGAUUUAAAAAUGACCUCUGUCUUUAGACAUUUUGUUUUAAAUUUCAUAUCUGAGCUUUUAAUGUUUUAUCCUUAAAAAGUAUAGUGUAUUUUACAUCGAAAAGUUGGGGUUUCACCUGCAUUUGGGAGUAAUCAAGUUUGGCGGAGGAUUGAUAGGAUUAUGCGCUUAGAAAGUGAGUAGAUUCAGGUGCCGUCGUUUUGGGGGAUUCGGCGUGGAAACGAGAGUUUAUGACAAGUUUUAUGGAAUAUGAAACCGUCUUACAUGAAAGUUAGGUAAAAACGGAUUCACUAAUUAAUACUCAUGUUUUCUCGCUGCUUUUGACUAUGUAGGUAUAGGUAAUCGAGUUUUCUUGUUCUUCUGGCCUUCGUAUCUUUUUUUUGUUGCAGUAAAUCUAUAUUGCAGUAACUUUCUUUACAUAUUCUUCCUAAUACAAUAUAAUGCCUAUUGUCAUCUAUUUAAAACCCAAAUAAAGUGCACGUUUUACUGCGUACAGUUGAAAUGCACUUGAAAAGGUUGUAAAAUCCAUUUUAUUUCUGUUCGAUCGAAUCGAAAAAGGUUUGUUUGCACUUUUUGAAAAGUGUGCAUGAAACAUAUUAUUUGCCUGGAGGUCUGUUACCCGAUCCUCUCCCAUCCACGCGGUUCACGCCGAAUGUCCAUUAGUUUCACGCCUGGAGUGACCAUUAAGAUAAGCAAAGUGUGGGGUGGUUAUCAGUGUUUUGCUUGAAAGUUUUGGAAUUUUAAGCGGUUUAAAAAUUAAUUUUAAGUCGAGAAAUAGGGGAGUGGAGCAAAAAAAUUCUGGGUUUUAUAAAGGUGUAUGAAUUUUAUGAUUUUUUAAUUGAAAAAACAGCUAUGGCAAAACUAUAACUCUAAAAAUUUUUACAGUACUCUAGUUAGAAAUAUUUUUUUUCUACGAACUUUUUGACCCAAAGUAGUUUUUAAAAUUACCUGCUCACAACAGCCUAACUGUUUAUUUUUACAUUAUCUGUUUACUUUUCCAUAUAAUUUCUGACCUACUCAGCAAACCUUAUCAAUAUCACUAAUAAGCGGGCCGUCAAAGGUUUUGUACGGAAUGCCCGAGGCGAUCCGUUUGAAGUGGCCGCCUUAUCUGUGGCCAUUGUUUUUUGCUCAAUCGUAAACUUGAACUCCUAGGUUUAUGUCGUCAGCUGCAUAACCACAGUGGCAAUGUUUAUUGGCGCGAUAAAAUCAUCCACUUAGGAUUUUAUUUCAAAUUUAAUUGCGAAACUUUUGACUUUUAUUCAAAUACUUCUGUUUUGGCUAUAGUAAUUUGCAAUCCGGCUGGGCGGGGUAGAAGUGGACAUGUCGGGUGGGUUUCGGUUUUUUACAAUAGACAUAGGUAGGUAGCUAAAUGAUGUUUUACUGAUUGAUUUUACUGCACGAUAGGAGUCAUUUUAGACAGUUCAGUUGAUGUCAAGAUAAAUUUUCUUCAACUUUAUCACCCGGUUCCUUUUCAAAUAUUAUAGUACAAAAGUCCCAUUAAUCGUGGUAUGUUAAUUUUAUUUGACGACAUCGCAAGUGUUACUAUCACUAUAUUAAUAUGUAAAACGAUCUCUUUCUCUUAAAAUCUGCCCUCGACCAACUGACUAUGGCCUGAAGGGUGGCGGAGUAAAGUAAACUUUGGCGGCCUCUGAUUUACGAUCAUUGGGGGGUACCUUCUACUUUGUGGCCCCCUUACACUCGCUAAUCCCUCAAGAAGAUGGCGGUUUACUUUCAUUUACUUAUUUUACUGUAAUUCAUAAUCUCUUCGUCUGAGUUAGAAUUGACAAUUCGACUGUUACCUUGCCUUCAGUAUAAUAGCAGGUUUAAGUAUAAUGUUAGAUUUUCUAUUUACUUUUCUACCAAUUUGCACUUUCAUAGUAACUACAAUAUAUAGCUCAAAGCAUUAAUACGUCUUUAUUUACUAUAGUAAUAUCGCUAAUAGCGGCAAUUGAUCUGAUAUCUAUAUCAGACGAUAACAUCUUCGUACAACAUGUGGAUGACGUUUCGAUAAUUAUUUAUGGGUAUGCGUUAUUAAGAAAACAUUUGCGUUCGUUUUAUUGUUGCAUAUUUUAAGGGCGCUUUAGAGGCUGGUAGUCAAUAUAGGUAUCUGAUAUGGUAAUUAAUAUAGGUAGCUUUAAAAUUAGUUAUGUUUAAUUAAUUUUUUUACUGUUUAUAUUAGGUAGUUAUUUUUUUAGUUUUGAUUACUUAAAGACCCUUUAUAUUGUAAUAUGACUUUCUUCAUUCAGAAAUCAGUAGCUUUACCACCGCCGAAUCUUUAGGUAUACGUUAAAGAUUAAGGUAUACCUAAAUUAAUACCUUUCUCACUUGUAACCGUUUAAUCCCCAUAUUAUUUACAUUAUUUUCACAAACCCGUUAUGUAACAUUGCGCAAGUAUUAUACAUUUGCAUAUAUUAUGUUUGAACAGUAGAAAGUGGAUACCUGCAUAAGAGGCUGGACAGGUGGAGGGGCGAGUUUGUAUACUUGGCAGUUUUAAAUUUUUGCCGUUAAGGUGGUCAAAAAGUAUAUAGAAUCACUUUUCAAUCAUCUUCAUUUUUCAAAGCUUUUUUUCUACAAAAAUAUUUUAAUGUUAUACGAAUUGUACAAUCGUUUGCUAAGCCUAAAUCAAAAUGUGGGAUAUUGUUUAUCUUAAUGUGUAAGCUUGUUUGUUAUUCCUGGAUCAGAAUGCCGCUACUGCAAAGAAAUGCGCAAAAAACGCCGUUUUGAUAGAUGGGUCUCGGCCGCCCUCCUCCCUCUGCCCGCUCUCUCGCCUCUCUGUCGCCGAACUAUUUUUGAGUCAAUGGGAGAGGCCCCGCCCCCUAACUUGUCCUGAUUUCACUCUCUCUGAAUCCCUUGUUUUGGCCACCGAAAGCGGUCUUUUGUUUCUACGGUAUGUUAAUAUAAGUCGACCUUUGUCGUUUACAACCUGAUAAUUGGGCAAGUACAUGAUAAGACGUGUGUGAGGGGACGUGUGUCAUCGCUCGUUAUGUUUCAGUUGAUUUUUGUUUACUUACUCUGAUUGCAGUGAUGGACGAGAUUGUUUUCGUCGAGCACCCAGAAUCCACGUACGCUGUCAGAACGAGGCCAGCCUUUCUGUCGUGCAAGGCUCUGAAUGCUCAUACUAUCAGGUUCCAAUGUAACUCAAAAUGGGUAGGUUUGGUGAAAAAUUGUAUUUUGUGUAAUAUGAUUUCAUGUUUACUAAAUAAUUUUUAAUUAAGAAUUAUGUUUUGGUCUAAAGGUUCAUGGACAAGUUUUUGCAAAAAAUUCUAAGCUUUUGUUUGAUUACUUUAAUUUUCACUUUAAUUAACUUCAAGUCACAAUAGAACUUUUAGAUUCCGGAUGAUAAAGUGGAGAACCAAGACGGUAUAGACCAGACGAAUCAGAAGCCAUUUAAACGAGUUACAUUGGAACUGAGUAGACAAGACAUUGAGACAGCGUUAACAGAAUCAGAAGCCUUCACGUGUCAGUGUUUUGCCUCCAGAAGCGACGAUCAAGACGUGAUCAUCAGGUCAGCGACGGCUCAAAUUCGAGUAGCUUGUAAGUGAAUUAAAAUUGGUUUUGGGAAGAUUUUGGGGCAGUUUUAUUAUUUUUUACAUUUUUUAUUAAUUUUUUUUUGAUUUUUUUUUCAAAAUUCAUAAAAAACAUAAUUUUAAUUAACAUUCUUGAGUUACCUUUCUCUGAACUUACCUCUCAGUUGUACGUUCCAAUAGGUUACUUUAGCCCAUUCAGUUGACUACGACAUAACUUUACGUUCUAUUUGAGAUGCUAUCAAAAAUGUGUGUGGCGUUGUUAAAUUUAGAAAUUUAUGGCUUUUUGUGACUCGCUUUAUCGUCCGCGGAUCAGCCAGUGAUUUAUUCCUUGCCUGCGGCUAUAUUUAUUUAUUGGCCUGACAUAGUGAGUCAGCCGAGAGUAUGGCCAUGUUUAAGGCAAACUUUAAACGGUUUCUUCCUGAAGCUAUAAACAAUUCAUUCUCGGAUGAAAGCUUAUUUAAACUGUAGUUAAGGUCAUGAUUAUUCAAAGUAAAAAAAAACUAGAUUAUAGGACAGGUAAUCAGUAAACGAGUUUUAUAUAUAACUCAAGUGUCCAAUUGUAGUUGAUUUUUCCCCUUUUUGUGAUCUUUUACUACGCUUGUUCAAUGUUUAGGACAUAGCAAUUAAAAUCACAGUAAAAAUGCGUAACAUCACUUCCUGUACAAACAUACGAUGGGCCAUGUAAAAACAAUAGUAAUGUAAUCGGGCGUAUCCCGAAGCGCUGGGAUUUGUGUAAUUUGUUCGGGGGAGGAUUAAUUAGUUCGAUCUCAUCAUCGAGUUUCUUACGCUUUGUUUACAAUGUCCUAGGCCUAAUUCUUGGGCCAAUUGUGCGUAAUUACAGUCGGUCUUCGCCUUGUCUGUCUAGGCAGUACCCAGCCUUGUCUAACUACCCAAGCCUUCUCGAACUACCCGGCCCUCCAUAACUAGGCCAGGCUUAUCGGCAUCGGAAAUCGACUUGGAACCCGAAUUGCGCAAAAAAGUAUCGUCCUCCCCAGACGCGCAUUUUUUGUCUCCAAAAACAUUUCAAAUGAAUCGCCCAUGUCAAAUGCCCUCGGGGAACAAUUUUGGGGAGAAAUGCGUUUCUGAUUGGGACACAAUGUCCGGGCAGAUCCCUAUCACAACUUCUGACUCACUCCACUUAAAAGGGCCAUCUGGGUAAAGUAAACAAAGUAAUCGAGAGCUUGACGUUCACCUUCGAGCACAAACAAAAUACUCUCGAGCAUGACAUUCUUCUGUCACCACCUAAUAGCAUGGCAAAUAUUAACUUUGGGCAAUGACCUUAGGGUGACAAAUUUGAGAAUUUUGAAAUUUCGAAAUUUUGACAGCUCUUACCAAUUACAGUAAUCAAUCAAAAUCUUCUUAACAAAUCGCGAAAGUUACAAAAAACUGAAAAUUUCAACAAGUUUUAUGAAGUAGGCACUGAUGCGUGUUUGAAACAAAUACAACACCCGAGGGCGGCGGCUGCGGUUUUGAUGCCAUAUGCAACAUGAAGACACUAUACAACAUGAAAACAUUAUACGGCGUAUACGAUGACAUUAUCGCGCUCAUUUAAGCCCGAGGCAUAAAUCACGGCCGUUUCCUGUGUUUGGAGUUCGCCGCCCUUUUCGCACGAUCAAGUUCGCGCUUCUGCCUUCAGAAUCAGAAAUUCGAUUCGCACUAAUGACCCUCGCUUUCCCCCAGCGACAUUGAGUCAAGGUACUUGAGGCUUCCGACCGCAUUAACAAACUUUGUCCGCGCCGAACCACUUGAGGAAUCUGGCGCGCGACUCUGUUUUCACAUAAAUUUCAUCAAAGAAUCUGCCUAAUUAGGGGCAGUUGGGCAUGCCAAAUAACAAUAUCAUAAUAACUAGGCAAGCGCGUAAAUAAAAAUGGCACAAUCUGAGAGUUAAGAAAAAUUAAUUCAUAAAUAAAGGGAAUUGGCUUGUAAAGUAAAAAUUAUUUUUGAGUUCAAAAAAUAAAUAGAACUGUCAAGUAAGUUUUGAGUUUAAAACAAACUUAUCAACGUUUGAACAAAUCACAAAAAUGAUACUGAUAUUUUGACGCUUUCUGCAACAUAUAUCGGAAAUGUCGACGAAGUGUCACAGAAUUAAUUUAUCAAAGGAAAUUUUACUUUUUUUUCGCUUUUGGGGGGUGAUCAACGAGAAAUUAACAGUUAGGGUAGAAGUUAUUUAUAGUUUGAUAUUUUCAGAUAUUCGAAAACAUUUUUAUCAAACGCCGGUGUCUGACAAGGUCCCUGAGGGCCGGACCAUUCAAUUACCAUGUGUGCCGCCAGAUGGGGAGCCCAAAGUUGAGGUAAAUUUAUGAUUCUUUUGAUUAAUUAACUUCAAAUUGGGUGUUAAGUUUGCUUUAAACACGUUUUCACUAUUUUUGUCAUUUUUUCGGUAUUUUUGAAGUUUUUGUUGUUUGGUCAAAAAGUUUAUAGAUUUUUAGUUUUUAGACAUCUUGCUUUGGUUUGAAGUUUCAUUCUUUUUUCGAAUUUUAAUAGAAAACAUUUUUCAAUUUAAAAUUGCAUAAAGUUUAUAUGAUAAUUGAUUUAGGUCUUCUGGCUGAAGGAUGGCCACGAGCUGAGCGAGGACCACGAUUCCAAUCUUAUCUUGGCCAAUGACGGAUCUCUCAUAAUUUCCUCGACCCGACUGACGGACUCUGGUAACUACACAUGCGAGGCGCGGAACUUGGCCAACCGCCGGGUGACAGAGCCCGCGGAGCUCGUAGUGUUUGGUAAGUUUAUGGUGUAAUUGAUGACCGAGAUUAAAAGAUGGACGCGAUAGAUAAGGCCAAGUACCUAAUCCAGGGUAUGGAUGGUCAUUGCGAGGCACCUCGGACGUCAAAAAACGACAAACUGAGAUAAGGCAGAAAGUGAAUGGUCAGCAGUGGUUUUUUUACCCAAAACAACACCUUUUAGCUUGAAAUUACUUUUAAAAAUUUUUUAAAAUAAGAUAAGAUAUAAGCAUAAAUCUAUAUUAUAGGUCUAUUAUGCUUUUGUUAAGUCUUCUUGGUCUUUAUAGGUUGUUAUGUAACGUAAUAUAAGCAUUUCAUCUGCAGUAUCGUCUGUUUAAAUGGCCUGGUAUUAACUUAAUGACCGGAGCCGUUUUUUCACGCCUAAGCCCUCCUUUAAACGACCUAAGCCUUUCUGUAAUUGGAGGUCGUGCGCGACAAAAGACCGCGACAAACAGACUCUCGGUUUUAAGGACCGGCACAUACCUUUAAGGGUCGGCUCCAAUUAUGCCGCCCUAUUAACGUCUGUCGCACACUGGCCGAAAGGACAAGUUGUCCUCGGUUGUGCAACCACGAUACACCCGAAAAACAAGUUUUAUUUGUCGUAAAAAGUUUCAAAAGCACCCGACAUCCGAUUGUGCAAUCUGUGUCCACUUUGAUGCGACUUUUUCGAUUCAAGAACGUAUCCGAUUUCAAAAAACAAUGGCACUAAAGUUAUUUUAAAGCCGAAUUUGGGGAAACGAAAGUUUUUGGGUGGAAAACUCGAAAGUUUUUAUGAAGGUUCAUGCCAGUUUUAAUACCUUUUUGUAUUGUUUGCUUGUAUUUAUACCUUUAGUUAUUUGCAGUUUUGAAGAAACGUAUAAGCAUUACAGAUGUACAAAUUAAGCAAUAACAACUAAAAACACAUUGUAAAGCAUAAAGACUACAAAUGCACAAAAAUAUUAAGCACUAUUACUAGCACAGUAUUUAUAUGAACUGUUUUUAGUGGACGGAGACUGGUCCCCAUGGUCUUCAUGGCAAGGCCUAUGUACAGUAAACUGCCCUCUUCUUAAUACUCACAUCGAUAUGAGUCGAGGAGAUGAACUAGCCCUGAAGCAGAUCAUUCCGUCUCAACGACGAACACGAGCUUGUAAUAAUCCGGCACCGAUUAACGGCGGCCGAAGAUGUUCGGGGCCGGAAGAAGAGUUCCGCGAGUGUCCUCAUGACUGUAAGAUAAAUGGUGAGUGUAAUUAAUUAUGGCCGAAAAUGGGAAAGUCCAGAUAUACAUCUUUAUGUUCGUGAGCUUAAUGAGCUCUUGUCUUUGAAUAAUAUUUGUAAAGCUUCGAUCACAAUAUAAUUUGAAAACAUAUUUUUAAAAAAUUUUAGAAAUUAUGAAGUUUUUAAGUAGACAUAUCUUAUGAAGCAUUUUUAUGACGAUAUUGUUGUAGGGUCUUGGUCGAAAUGGGCUCCGUGGUCAGAAUGUACCACUCAAUGUCAGCGGAUUCGAAACAGAGAUUGUACGGCUCCGAAGCCAAUGAAUGGUGGUUCAGAAUGCAAAGGGAAGAAUAUGGAGACGGUGAACUGUACAGAAGGAGUCCUACCAGUGCACUGUCAGCCGGGCAACACUUUUUACCAACCAGAGAACCGUCUUCUACCUCAGAACAACAUUGACCUCUGGAAUGGGAACCAGGUCUUCAUCUUGGGCUCUUUGCUGUGUUUCUCCUUUUUAUUACUGGUGAUUAUCGGGCUAAUAAUUACUUUGGUAUGUAAGAAGAAGCGAUCAGAGAAAGACCAGGUCUACUUUCCCUCCGGCAGUGUGCAUACUGUACUUUUGCAACAGCAAAAGGCAGCGUUGCUGAGUCAGUUGGGAAGUAGAGAUGUGAAGCUAAUGUGUACACCACCUCCAGCACCGUAUGUUUCGUUAUCUACCGGAACGGGUACGGUAAAUACCCAUAUAUAUCCGAAUAGUUAUACUUUGAAGUCAAACAAGAGCUACGCCAGCGGAUAUUCGACUAAUCAUCGACUAGCAGGUACGCAAAUAUAUUGUUUGUAUUUUUCGUACUCUUAUUUAUUCUCAUCAUGUAAAGUUGAACAUAUUAAUUAGGAUUUUACUACAAAAGUAAUCUUAAUAUUGUUAUAGGAUCCCGUGCAGCUCUGAUCAACGACUACUCCAGCUCUAACACUUCCUCCAACGCUGGAAGUUCUUGUGGAGUAACACCAUUGAAGAAGACAUUGAUGCGAGCACAUUCACCAUCAGAAGAGUAUGCUACACUGUACGAUUGUGUAGCCGAACACUACAAUUCAUCCAUGACGAUAGACGACCGCAAUUCAGAUGUCGACCAAAGUGCAACGAUCGUAGCAGCUCAAGUGGAUUCUGAUUUCAGUAGAAUCGAGCUGAAGAAGUGCGGAGGCUGUGUAGCACUAAAUGAGAACACCUUCAGCGAGUCGACCAUGGUGUAUUUGUCGGUUUCUGAUGAUUUACAGGUAAGUGGUAUAUUGUUGUAGACAGAUUUUUACGCUUUCUUGAUAAAUAUUUUUUAAGUAUUAUUACCUAUUGAAAUUUGUUCUAUGUGUUAUUAAUUUUCCAAUUUUGUUGAUGACUGAGCUUACCUUAUAUUUUAGGACCGACCGACUCUAAAGUCAGGUGAAACGUGGUUGAGUAGCGUGGUUGAAUUCGGAAAAUGUGAGAACGAAACCACAGAGAUUCAACCAAACCGACCGGUCGUGAUCACACUUGAACACUAUGCCUCGACGUUCCCCAAAGACAACUGGGACUUUAGCCUAUAUGCAGAUUUUGGGUCAGGCUGGGAAUUCGCAGUAAAAUUGGGCGAGGAAAACAUCAACACUCCAGUCUAUGUGCAACUAGAACGACAACGAUAUCACAUUAUGACGGAUCAAUUUGGUCGAUUCUUGUUGGCUGGGUCUCCGAAACGACCAAAUGUACCGCCUUUCAAACGGGUUCGUAUCUCGUGCUAUGCUUCUGUUUCCACCGUGAAGAAGUCCGCCAUUCCCGUCAGAGUCUACAUCGUGCCUGACUCAGCUAUGGCGGUAGAGAACGUGCGGAAACAGGAGCACGAUCAGAUGGGCACGGUACUCACGGAGUCCAAGGAGUUUCUGAUGAACGAGUAUGGUGACAUCUGCAUCAGUUUGCAAGACGAGACAUCGUAUGCAGCUGAUGGCUACACACUACCUAACAAUGGAGUCAAGUAUCGAGUAAGUGUAUUUCAAAAAGUGUAUUUACGUUACUAUGAAUAACAAAUGUUACCUAAAAAUAAAAUGUCCAAAAAUAAAGUCUAAUGUUGAAAGUCUUCUGAAAUUAGACGCUUUUCGUAAAUAAUGGUGAUAAGUAGUGUUGUAGUCAUCAAAGACUAUUCCUUAGCGUAGUAACAGUAUUAUAUUGGUAAAUAAUCGCGUGAAAUUGAUUCAAUUAAACUAUUAUAUCUGUUGUGAAAUAAGCUUGCCGAAUGGUAUUACAACCACCAACUUCAGGAAAUACCUUCAACGCAACAUCAAUGGUGCUCACAGAACGGUAUCCACUGUCCUUUCAGUAUCGUGAUGACUGACAAGACCAGGACUCGACUGGUCGGACAGAUUUCAGUGUGUCAGAAGGCGAGUGUAGCCGAGAAGCAGAUUCUGGAGUUUGACUUCGAUCUUUCCGCUAAAGUGAGUCAAAGUUUGUCACAAACAUUGAGGUCAUACGUUUGAUCGGGGUAACGUUACCUCUUUGAGAAAGUCCAAAGAUGCCUUUAGAUAUUAACACAUUGAGGGUAACAAAACUCUUUAUGAACCUUUUAUAAUGAAAGUUUAAAAGAGUUAUUUUUAAAUAAUUCUGUUUAGUACUACAGUAGUUCAUAUUAACAUCAAUAUAUACAUGGACAUUCUUUUUUUCAGCCCGAACGUACUCCCUUGCCCGAGGUAUCCAACCGAUUGGUCUCCCAAGAGUUAAAGCUUCUUCCAGAAACCAAAAGAAGGCUAGCGAGGUUACUGGACCCGCCCGUUGAAUCCGAACAGGACUGGCGUGGGCUAGCCAAAAAGUUGGGAUACGACCGGUAUUUACAGGUACGUAAUUGUUGAACUAAGGGUUUAUGUAAACCAUGCAACAGAAUUGCCAUAGGGUUAUGUAUAUUUUUAUAUUAUUUUGAAUAAGGAUAAGUAACGCUACAAUAAUAUGAUUCACUGUGUCCAGCGUUCUUUGGAGUUUCACGCAGAGUACAAUACGAUUUUAGUAGCCGGUCCUUUUAGCCUACUUUUUGUACAUUUGAUAUUACAGUAGAUGUAAAAAGUAUUAAAAGAUAACCUUUCUUACAUAAACACAAGCUUAUGCCUUUUAAAUUAAUUAACCUUGUUUUAGUUCUUUGGUACUCGUCCUCAAUGUUCUGCGACAACUUUGAUCCUCGAUCUCUGGGAAUCGGCUAGCUACGGUUCUGACCGUGCCCUUUUCGAUCUCCUCCAAACUUUGCGUGUCCUCGGCCGUCCUGAUGCCGCUGCCAUUAUUGAAGAAGUGUUACCAUAA